AUGUACAAUCUCGCCAAGAGUAUCAAGAAAUUACAGCUUUGGCUGCACGGACAAACAAUCCAUGUUUGUAGCGAUUUAAUGUCAAUUGUCAAUAAAUUUGAGACAAUCGCUGAAGUCCAUCGCAAAGCCGCCAGUUGGAAUACUCUGUUCAAUUGUUACGAUUUGGAGCAUGACAUUCGUACCAGACGUAAAAAAUGGUUCGCUAUUCAGGCCCCCGAGCUUACCAUUAAUUCCAACAGUAUUUCUAGCUUGAUUUCAGACAAAGAUGAACUUCUUUCCCGAUUGAAAACACGUUUAAUCCAUUAUUUGCAUCGUGUUGACAGAAUUCAAGCCCGUGACUCCAAAUGUAUGAACAUUAUUCGACGAUUAAUGGAACCAGACCACAAGUUAUCUGCAACAAAUAAGACUAUUAAAGAUAAUCUAGCUAAACGUUUUACGAUCCAUUAUCAUAACGGUAAACAUCUACUGAUGUUCAACAAUCCCGAUCGAACGUUUGUUCCAGUAGUUCCAGUCAAAUUAUUCAAGGAUUUAGUAACAUUCUUACACAAAACCUAUGGUCACAUAGGAGCGAAUAAACUUGAAGUUAUCUUUCGACGACUUUACUAUUCCCCGAACGCGAAGUAUUAUAUUCGAUUCAUUACGAACGAAUGCUUACAUUGUAAAGCUAAUAAAUCAUAUUCUGAGAAAAAACCGCUCGAAUAUGCUUAUACCCAAGCCUACUCACUUGCGGAUGUCAUUUCCGUAGACAUCCUUAGACCAAUUUCCAAUUAUUCAGAUGCUCCCCGAUACCUCUUAGUCUCCAAAGAUGUACUCUCCGGUCGUGUUUGGAUCAUACCCAUGAAAGAUACCAUUCAGGAAACCGUUGCAGCUGCAAUGGAAGAUGUAAUCAGCCAGAUUAACGCUAAGAAGCUUAAAAUACGUAAGAUUAUUACUGAUAAUGCUACCCAGUUCACGAAUGCGUUUUUUAACAGCCUCCUUGAUAAGCAUAAAAUCAAGCAUAGUUACGCAACAGCGUAUAAUCCCCAAUCUAACCUCGUAGAACGAACUAUGAGAUUGAUAGGUGAGAGAUUACGUAUCAAGAUGAACGCUAAUUCCGAAGGUGCUUAUUCCCAUAAUGGCUGGAGUGUAUUUAUCCAGGAAAUCAAGGAAGAGAUUAACAAUACCCCGAAUGACGUAGGAAUCCCUCCAAAUGAAGCUUGGAACGACGAAGAUAUGAAUACCGAUAUUCCAACAGAGAGAUUCAAAAUUGAUGCUCGAUUUGAACUCAAAAAGCUACGUGAAUUAAAAGAGCAACAGAACGUACCUUCUGUGACUAGUAGCGAAUUAUUCCUGAGUAAAUUAGAUCUCCAGAACGACGUGUAUAUUUCAGCUGACGAUUACGCGUGGAUUUCCGUUGACGGUGCUUGCGCUAACAACGGUUCACCGGAAGCCAUCACUGGAAUUGGCGUUUGUUUUCAUCCUGAGGGAUCGAAAAAUAUUUCAGAAAGAAUCACGAACUCAGAUUACCCAUUUACAAAUAAUUUAGCUGAAGCCGUAGCUCUACUUACCGCAAUGCGUAUUAUGAUCUUCAUGAAGUUCCCAAGCUUCCAGUAUUUCAGAUUCCUAUUAUCCCACGUCAGCUGUGAACCAUACUUACGUAAAAUGGUUAGAGAAUGA